CUCUUCUUUCUCUCUCUUCUAUUCUUCUCCACUUUCCUCAGUCUUUUAUGGCUGCCCGCCUCUAUGAGAAUUUCUGAGUAAAAAACAAUUAGUGGGUCGGCGCUGGAUAAGCAUUUUGGCCUCUCUCUUUUUGGUUGUCAAGAAAAGAUACCCCAUUACCCACUGAAAAAAGAAAAAGAUAGUUUUUGUUUCUAAGCAUGUGUUUAAGUUGAAUUUGGUGUAAAUUUGAUCUGGGUUUUGCUAAAAAAGUGUGAUAUUUUGGACCCUUUUGUCAGAAAAUUAUUUUUAAUAGUGCGGUGCUGAAACCUUGACAUUGUUGAAGGAGCUUAUUAGUUACUGGUUUUGUUCUUGAAGAUUGACAGCCUUACCAAGUUUCCGAUUCUGAAAGUUGGAGAGGUUUAACUAUCUGGGCUGGUUCUUUCUUUGGAGGGAAGAAGAGCACUUCUCCACAUGAGAGCUUUUUGCGAAGAAUUUUUUAUUACCUGUUUAAAGCUUUUCUCAAAAAACGAAGGCUAUAAUAUCUUGACAUCCAAGGAAAGUUUUGGUGCCCUGAACUUCACUCUGUUACAAAGCUUUAGAUUUUGAAACUGGAAUCUCUGGACUAAUCUGCACUAGAUUUCUCCAGCAGCAUUAUUCUUUUCGAGCUUAACGAAUUUCGACUCUAUCUAAGCGAGAGAUUGGGAAGGAGGCAUAUAAAUCUUUUUAAGGGAAAGAAAAUCGUUGAUUUGAUAUGGCUAAGAGGUCUCAGAGACGCGCGGUGCGGUAUGAGAAAGAUCAGUCAGGGUGUAUGUGGGGUUUUAUUAGUAUAUUUGACUUCCGCCAUGGCCGCUCUACUCGUAAGUUGAUUACCGAUAGGAGGCAUGGAAGCAAGCAUGCUAUUGGAACUGGGAUUACAAAGAAUAAGUUUGAAUUAUUGGGUAACUUGGAAGAGCAUUGUCAAGGCACCAAUGCAGAUGGUGAAAGAAGGACAGCAGCAACUUUAACAUCUGAUACAGUUAAGCCUAGUGUCAAGAAACUCAUAGAAGAAGAGAUGGUUAACGAGCAGGGCUUGAAGAAAGAGACUAGGGAUACUGCAGUGGAACCUAAGUAUUCAGAUUCUGCUUAUGAAGGUGAUGUAAGGACGGACCAUAAGAGGAUAAAGAAGACUCGCAAGAAAAGCCGUGAUAUGGACACCCAAAAUCUGAAUGUCGCUCAAAAUGUGCAAUCUGAGUGCUCUUGUAAACAUAAUGCUUACCAACAACCUAUGAAAGAUCUAGCUAUAGAUGAGAUAAUGGAAGAGUUCUCUCGCCGGAUUCACCAAAAAAGUGUUAGUUGCACUAAGGAUGGUCUGAAUGGUGAAGCUCCUGAGCUAUCAACCGACAGGCAUUCUGAUUUUGAAGAGAAAUUGAACGGCGUAAUUAAGGAGUUCAUAAUUCAGAAGUUUACCGAUGGGAAACAUCUCAAGGAAGACCAGAAGAUCCAUCUCCAAUUCAGAGAACUCAUGGAUAAACUACAGCUCACAAGCUCAGAUGAGGAAUUGUUUAUGAAGCUCUUACAAGAUCCACAAUCUUUGUUAGUCAAGUAUGUUCAAAGCUUGCAGGACUCUCAAGUGGAGAAAGAUGCAGAAUGCAAGCCCAUUGGAGGAUCCGACUUCUCAGAACAGAAGCUUGUCAAUUCAACAAAAUCUGAAGAUGUUGUCAAUAAUAAACAUCGCUCCUUUUUCAGGAGGAAGACCAAGUCUCAGGAAAGAAACCAGUUGGAGGAAAAUGAACACCCUGACAUUUUGAGUAAAAUUGUCAUUUUAAAGCCUGGGCCAACGGGUUUGAGAAAUUCUAAAGAUGAAAGUAGCCUCGGCCAAUCCAAAGAGUAUCAUGAUAUUGUCAGAAGUAAAGAACCAAGUGAUAGAAUUGGAUCCCACUUUUUUCUUUCUGAAAUUAAAAGAAAAUUUAAGCAUGCUAUGCGAAAACAACAAGAAAUACCAGGAACUGGAAUUUCAAGUAGUUCUUCCACCGCUCAUCAGUCUAAGGGAAAUAGUGAAAAGGGAGUUGGGAAGGGAAAUGUGGGAAGAAAUUCUCCUACUAAAGAUCAUUUCUAUAUUGAAAGAAUUGCUAAACCUUCCAGUGGUCCCAGGAAAGUGGACAAGGUUAAUAAAAUGAGUGAAAUAAGUAAACACGAAACUGAUGCUUUUCCCAGUGAAAGGAUGUCUAGUAUCUAUGUCGAGGCCAAGAAACAUCUCUCUGAGUUGCUUAGCAAUGGAGAUGGUGCAGACUUAUCAAACCGGCAGAAUCCUAAGACCCUGGGGAGGAUUCUUUCUCUUCCCGAGUACAGUGUUUCUCCUAAUGGUAGCCCUAGAAAGGACUGGGAGAAUAGCUUUGUGACUGCACAAAUGAGAUUUUCUUCCCAAGACAAAUAUCAAAUGAUCAAUGAGAACAGAUGCUCUUCCAAACCAGAAAACAAUGUCAGUCCUCUAGGUAGGGAAGCAGAAAAUUUAGAGAGUAAUUCACCUGUUGCUGGCAGCAGCCUUGAUCAUAAAGUAGUUUCUCCUAACUCAAACACUGGUAUGUCUGAUGAUAUUGCUCAUGAAAUUGAAGUAGAAGAAGCAGUUAUUUCCAUUAAAGAGAAUAUCAGUUGUGAAGGUGAUUCAGAGUUUGUAAAGGAAAUUAGCAUUACUUCAGAUGGUCCCUGUGAACCAUGUAGUUCUUCCACUGCAAGGGAUAACCAGAGUGGUGAUGUUCCUGUCACCUGCGAUUCUCUUUGCUUGAAACUGGAUUUACAUGAAGAGAUCCAACCCCAAUCUUCUCCACCUGGGUCCCCUUCCAGGUCUUUCGCUUCCAGAAAGGUUGCAGAUUCAGAAAGUUCUAUCGAUAUACCAGAGAGGCCAAGUCCUGUUUCAGUUCUUGAGCCUCUAUUUGGGGAGGAUGAUAUUAGCCCUGCAAACUCCAUAUCUCAACCUGUCAACUCAACAAUACAACCUCUACGAAUUGAAUUUGAAGAUCCUGGUUCUCCACCUGCUGCUGAUGAAGCUCGCAGUGGAAAAAGAUUAUUGGAAGACAAGGAGUCAAUAUGUGCCUAUGCAAAAGCUUUGAUGCAAGCAUCUGGCUUGGACUGGGAUGAAAUAUGUAUAAAGUUGCUUUCCUCAGACCAACUACUUGAACCAUCAUUGGUUGAUGAGGUUGAGUUUUUCUCCAACAAACUCUGCUGUGAUCAGAAGCUUCUCUUUGACUGUAUGAACGAGGUCCUUGUGGAAGUUUGUCAAUACUAUUUUGGUUCCUCUCCUUGGCUAUCAUUUGUUAAACCUAGUGUAUGCCCAAUCCCAGACAUGACAAAUGUUAUUCUUGUGGUUUCUAAAGGAGUUUAUUGGCAUCUUCUUCAACUGCCUUUGCCUCAUAGUCUGGACCAGAUUAUCAGAAAAGAUAUGGCAAGAACCGGAACAUGGUUGGACACUCGGUUUGAUGCUGAAACCAUUGGUUUUGAUCUGGGCGAAACCAUUCUUGAAGACUUAGUGGAAGACACCAUAUUUAGUUGUGUAAAUGAAAGUUGAGAAAGCGAACAUGGUUUGCUUCCAGAGUUGGGGGAAAACGCAAGAACUGUCGACUUGUAGAAGACAACUAGCAUUUUGUUCAUACUCGAAGUCUGAAACUGACCCACAUUGCGUCACAAUGCCAUUCUAUUUUGUUCAUUGGGGGGAUGGACAACUAAUUUGAUCUGAUAAGAAGAGAAGGCCUUGUGUUGCUACUUGAAACAUCCUGGAUAUCGUUUAUCUAAGCUUUUCUUCUAACUUCGUGUAAUGAAUCAAUCUGUACAGAAUCUGCCGUAUCAAAGAAUAAGGGGUCAUGGGCAUUUCUAGGUGUUGUGUUUAUCAACCUAUAUAUCCUUCAUGGGAAGGAGGGUCAGAAAAUCCAGUUCCACAGUGUUCCUUUCAUCAACAUAAACAAUGCUUUUUUCUUUAGGAUAACAAUGGUUAAUGGUGUCGACUGUCUAAUUUGAUCGGUGAGGCAGCUAGCUAUGUAGAUUUUGUAGAGUUUUGCAGUGUUCAUGUGUUAGUUGAGGGUGUGUUUAUUUUGUUUGAUUGAUUCUUUCUUCUUUGUGUUUAGUUCUUGUGCCUUUUCUGGUUUUGUGUUUUGCAAAGCUCGUUUAUCCGGGAUUGUGUGAAUUGUUACUAGGAAAUGUAAUAAAGAGAAAAUAAAAUAAUUUUAAUGCACUUCCAUUUAAUAA